UAGGACACCGACGGCGGUGUUUUCUAAAGGUCUGUGAGUCUGUUUGUCCGUCUCUGUCACUCUGGCACCUUGAGAGUUCCUUUCCCUCCUGCUCCCGGCGGGAGGCAGCCUCUCGCUGUCUCUCAACUUUGGGGAGUUUCAAGCAGCCGCGGCGGCAGCAGCAAGCCCGGGCGCAGCAAUCCUCUCCGCGGACUCCACUUGGUUCUCCCGGGCUCUUCUCAUUGCACCGCUGAAGAGGAACGACCCGGAUAAAAUAGUGAAGAGUCCUCCUGAGUCCCCAGCCCAUGAGUAUUGGAUCUAUGACCAGAAGGACCAGGAUGACUCAGCCAACCAGCACGUGACCAAGCAGAGCUCACAACAACCUUUUUCUCUUCUUAGCAUGGGUGACAGUGUGCCAUGCCCACUGACCUCCCUUCCUUCCUUUUCCCAUCUCCUCUGGACCCAAUGAUGAAGAGACAGGACAACAAGGAAAGCUUCUUUGCACAAACAUGUGUGGCAUCUGUGCCGUCUGGGGCGCAGUGAGGCGUCCCAUGCUGGCAGUGAGCAGAGAGAGCAGAUCAGGCAGAGGCCCGGUUGAUUCACACCUUGCUUCUUACCGUUCGACUGACCUGAGGCAAACCCAGUCCUUUCCCUCCUCUCAUUAUCCUGGUGGAGACAGUAAUGCCUACCCUGCAGGUGCUCUAAAGAUGCCACCGGAAAUGACAUCACUCCCCAGACUCUGGUCUGCGGAUGUAGCACCUCCCAGAGGUGAACUUAUUUACCCUGUCUGCCAGACUCUAGGCCACUCUGAUCUACAGCCUGGAAAGCUCUCCACUUAGGGAAGAGAUCUAGAAUCAACUGAGGGAUACAUUUUAAAAUCACCAGUUGCUUCAAUGACAAUCUGCAGACUAACCCUGCACAAAGGAAGGAGCUAAGUUGCGCUCUCUGGGCAUCAUGGUCCGCCUGCUGGCCUCCGAAGUUCAGCAGCUGCUCCACAACAAAUUUGUGGUCAUCCUGGGGGACUCUGUGCAGAGGGCAGUGUACAAAGACCUGGUGCUCCUGCUGCAGAAAGACUGCUUGCUCACUCCCAGCCAACUCAAGGCCAAAGGCGAACUGACGUUCGAACAGGACGAACUGGUGAAGGGGGGCCAGCUGAGCCCCAUGCACAAUGGCACCAACUACCGCGAGGUCCGCCAGUUCUGCUCGGGCCACCAUCUGGUGCGCUUCUACUUCCUCACGCGCGUGUACUCCAAAUACCUGGAGGCCAUCUUGGAGGAGCUGCAGUCGGGUGAACACGCGCCUGAUCUGGUCAUCAUCAACUCCUGCCUCUGGGACCUCUCCAGGUAUGGUCCGCAGUCCUGGAACAGCUAUCUACGGAACCUGGAGAACCUGUUUGAGCGUUUGGGCCAAGUGUUGCCCGAGUCUUGCCUCCUGGUGUGGAACACGGCCAUGCCUGUGGGUGAGAACAUUACCGCGGGCUUUCUCCCACGCAAGCCCCUGCCCUGGGCCAACCCCCUGCGAAGGAUCCUGGUCCACGCCAACUUCCACAGCUCCUUGGAGGCAAGUAAACACGGCUUCGAUGUGCUCGACUUGCAUUUCCACUUUCGCCACGCUUGGAAUUGCCUGCAGUCAGAUGGGGUGCACUGGAACGAGCACGCACACCGCCAGCUGUCCUACCUGCUGCUGACCCACGUGGCCGAGGCGUGGGGUGUGGAGCUGCCCUGCCGCUCACCCGCACACGCAGGCGAGCAGACCCAAGACCCCGCUGAGUGGGAACAGCCUGACCCGGCAGUUGACAGGCAGCCCCAGGCCAACAGAGAUCAAUCGGUGUCACCUCUGCUCCCGCUCCUGCCUCUUCCUAGGCGCCGCCCCCUGCUCGAGACCCCACGCCCCAGCUUACACCUGCCUCCGCUGCUGCCUCUUCCCGUUCCCCCGCCUCAGGUGUCUCCCCAGUCCCGGCUCUAUCCCCAGGAUUUCAACUUUUCCUCUGACCAUGUUUUCCAGUCAGAUCAAUUCUAUUUCCAUUCGGAUGUCCCCUCACCUACCCAGCCAGGAUUUGCCUUCGAAGCUGACUUCAACUUUUGUUCCCCGCCACCCAUGCCCAACUUCUCACCCUGUUAUCAGCAGCGGGCGCCUGUGGUGUACAGGGGUUUACCGCGGUACCUAGUUCGAGGCCCCUAUAUGCCCUGGAGAGGGCGGCACAGAGGAUCAAAAAGAGGGGCCCCAGCCCACCUGGAGUCAAGGCGCCAGUAGGCCCUCCUGGGUCUUUUUUCCCCUUCUCCUGAAGGCGAAUGGCGUGGAUUGUUUUGACUCUGCCGUUAUGUUGGCACAGGCUGCGUGCCCUGACCUUAAGCCUUAAUAGUUGGUCCAUUUUUGGACAUCUUCGCCUUUGUAGCUGUUACGCAUUACAGGCCCGGGGAGAGCCUUCUGACUGGUUCUUGUUGCUUUUCUUGUUUCUGCAUGGGGGGCGCAGGAGGGACCAGGCAUUAUUCCUGCCUCCCCAUUCCCUAUUGCUUUUCCCUUUUUGUAACAAUAAAAGUGGAAUACAGAAAUUGUUUCACAAAAUAGUCGUGGGUUUUAUGUGUGUCUAAAUUUAAUUGAUAGCUCUCCUUGCAGUGAAAUAAUUAGCUCUGUAAAAACAGGACACUGAUGAAGAAUAGUUGUGACAUCUACUUGGUGGACUAUUCAAACUAGUUUGUCUAAAGUAAAUUCUUCUGGGAGUUCCCAUAAAUGGGUCACUUUUCGUGAUCAUAUUUUCCAGAAAUUCCCAAAGAAUCCUUGAAUUUUAGAAUUAGGGAAAUGAAAGACAUAAAGCUUAACCAACACUUAGGAGAAUACUGAAUCCAAGAAAGAUGAGUGUGACUUGUUCCAAGUCAUUCAGACAACCAUUCUGCCCCUAGUCUUUCCUAGUUUAAACUAGUUUUCUUGGUCCUGAGGUUUGAAAGCUAAUGUGAAACAAGGAAAGUCCACCAAACGUGGUCUUACUAUGCAAGUGAUGGCAAAACCAUCUCUGGGACCAUAACUGGAAGUCUGUUGUUACUUAUAUGAUGAAUUAUGUAAGUUAGAAGGGAAGGCAUGCUUGUGACAGUGAUAUUCAUUCCUGAUUUUUGGACUUAAGAAAAAUAGCUCAAAAUAAACUGGGUUUUUUGUUGUUGAUGUUUGGCUUUUUGUACUAGGGAUUGAACCCAGGGGUGCUUAACCAUUGAGCCACAUCACCAGCCCCUUUUUAUAUUUUUUUUAGAGACAGAAUCUAGAUGAGUUAUUUAGAACCUUGUCAAGUUUCUGAGGCUGGCCUCCAAUUUGGAAUCCUCCUGCCUCAGCCUCUCGAACCUCUGGGAUUACAGGCCUGCACCAUUGUAUCCAGCUGUAAGCUGUUCUUAAAGACCAUAUAGUCACCAUCAUGGAAUAAAACUACAAAUUGGAAGGGACAACACAGUCCACAGAUUCCUUCUCUUUCAACU